CUAGAAACAACUGUUCGAAUGAACUCGGCUAUAGUCGUGCCGACACAAUAAUUUUAAUAUAUUGAAAAUAAACCUUGAUAAUAAUAAGAUGUGAAAAAACAGUCAAGUAAACAAAUAAUUUAACAUUGCAACAUGGAACAUAACCUAAACGUUAAAAUAUUGAAGUUACUAAAUGAGAUCGCAGAAGAAAAUGGUUUAAAGAAUUGGGAAAUAAAAGUUAAAAACGACAGUGGGAAGUGUGAAGGUUUCGCAAGUGUCAUAGUGCCAGUUGACUUGAUUUGUGAUAAUGAGGCGGUGUUGGAGUUAAUAGUUAAAAUAGCGCCCGGUGAGGAGCUACGGAAAACGAUACCUUUCGAGAAGGUUUUCGAGAGGGAGGUUUUUGUUUAUAAACACGUUUUACCUGCCUUUAGACAGUUAGAGGUAAACAAUCGAGUUGUAGGUGAUAAAACAUUCACUAACUACGCGAAAUGCUACAAAACGAGUUUGGAAAACUUGGAAGAAGUCUUGAUAAUUGAAAAUCUGUCGUCUGAAUACAAGCUUUGGAAGAAAAAUGUACCUUUAGACGAUAAUCACAUUAAAUUGGUGCUGCAAAAUUACGCAAAGCUCCACGCGCUCUCGUUCGUGCUUAAAAACGAAAACCCCGCUUUAUUCGACACUUUUAAAUCGAAUUCAGAAGACGUGUACAUGGACAUAAUUAAAAAAUGCGGAACCGCAGGAAUUAUACGUAAUCUGAUUAGCAGGGUUUUAAAGUCGGAAAGUGUGCGUAAAGAUUUAAAAACCUUUGAAAAGCUGACGAAAUUUCAAUCCGAAGUAAUUGACGUUAUGAGCGAUCUCAUCAAUAUUCAAGCUUCGGGGGAUUAUGGUGUGGUUGGCCAUGGCGAUAAUUGGACAAACAAUAUGUUGUUUAAAUAUGAGAACUCAAACGGAUUGAACGAGUUACAGGACGUAAAAUUCAUUGAUUGGCAGCUCUCUAGAUUCGGAUCUCCCGUUUUGGAUUUAUCGUACUUUUUGUGCACCAGCUCCGGCAAAGAGUCUCUCAAAGGCUUAAAUAAAUUGCUCAAAGUCUACCACAGCCGGCUUACGCAGCAACUGGCAUAUUUUAAAUUGGACGUCGAGCAAAUUUUCCCCUGGCACACUUUAAUGGAACACUGGAAAAAAUUCUCGAAAUUUGGAUUGGGAAUGUCGUUUCUUGUUGUCAAUGUUGCAGUCAUGACCGAGCACGAAUGUCCCGACGUUGAAAGGCAGCAAAAUUCCGAGGAUUUUCUCAAGACGUUCGAAAUUCAGUCUGUAAACGACAGCGAGUAUUGCAAUAGGAUGCAAUACAUAUUGCAGCAUUUUGUCGACACAAAUUUACUGUGAUAUUAUCCCAAUGAUGCCCCCACAUCAUAUACUUGCAAUGGCACACACAUUCAUAUGGAAUUAAUAGAAGUAUAAAUCGACACGAUCUCUUUUAUUUCAUCCUAAAUAUGAGUAUUUUAAAUUGAUAGAGGUUGCAUAUUUCUACACCGAAAAAAAUAAUGUAGUUGAGUUAAUG